GGAUAAAAAAAACUACUUGUAAGAUAACAAUGGAAGCUCAAGGGGCACUUAAAUUUGAUCCCAUUGAAGUGGAUGUAGACUUGGCCAAGAAAUAUUUAUUUGAUCAUAAAUGUGACAUUGAAAAGAAGCGAUUGCCUGAUAAUACACAACUGAAUCCGCAGUUAAAUCCCGAAAGUUGUAAAAUUCUUAUUGAGAAAAUUAAAGAAAACUCACAAUUGAUUUGCCAGUUGGAAUAUUUGACAUGUAAUGUUCCUAUAGUAGUUUCUGAGAUAAACAUACUGUUGAUUUUGAAAUAUCUGUCCUUAGAUGGCUUAAGAUAUCAAAGGGCGCCAUUAUUUUAUGGUGAUCCUGGUUAUACAUUUGCGAAAGACACACCAUUGGCCUAUUAUGUGCUAUUUAUUGGUCACACAUUGGCUACAUGUGAGGAGAGAGCGGCGGUGUGCCAUCUACUUACCAAAUUGUGCUGUGAAUCUGGUUUCGAGUCUUCAUUUUAUGUGAAUAAUACACUUGGUUCCUUUGCGCGACUUGGAGAUAACACAGGAGUUAUAUCUGAAAGAUCUGACUUGGAUUCUGCUGUAGACUCAUUCCUUUCAUCUCCGUCAAACGUUUCAUGCUUUUGGAGAUUACAACGGAUAUACGUACAAGAAAGUGUAUACGAGUCUUUCAAAGAACUACUCGAUAUUAAAACAAAAUUGAAAGGCACGAACGGGGCGGAAAAUGCAGAAUUGAAACUGUUAUGUUCAGAUUUGUUCGUUUACGACGAGAAGUGUAUAUUGGUCGACUUCGCCGGUGACGUUAACGAUUCACAGCUAGCCGGUAUGCACACGAUAUUCGUCGAGGCGUAUCGGACGAACAAGGAACUUCUGUCGUUAGUGGGUCACGCAGGCCUCCUCUCCCUAUGGUCAUCAGACGUGGCUGAAGCCAACGAACUGGCUUACAAUAUUCCCGCGUCUUUAGUUUGGAUCAAUGACUACGGAAACUUCGACGGCCCGGUGGAAAUAUCGACAGUUUUGGUGUCUCUUUUAGAUCUUUCUUAUAAAGACUACAUUUCUAAUAGUUUCAUCAGUCGUUACAACGUUUGGAGGACGUAUAGCAAGGAAAAGCGCCUCAGUGUUUUUCGUGAUGUGUUGGAGCACAUCAAUAUUAAAGAAAUACCGAAAAGCAAUUGUAAGGAAAUUGAAAAGGUUAAAAUUUUUUUGGAUUCGCUUAAGUUUAAUGCAGUUGAUGUUGCCGAUAAUAAAAUAUGUGUGACGUUGGAUCAGCCUGUUGGUGUCUGUAGAGAUGUAAGUUCUAAUGACGACAUUAUUAUACAAAGUUUAGUGUUGGGAAACGGUGUCAUUUGUUAUGAUAGGUAUACGUUUCCUCUUUACGAUAAGCUGUCGCGCGCUGGGGUGCCUAUUAUAUAUUAUAAAGAGCCAAACCAGGAAUAUGUAAAAGAAAUAAAAAUAUCAUGUUCCCGCUAUCGAACUAAAGUUGUUUUGACAAACUUUGGUACCAUAUUCGCUAAUUAAUACAUAUUAAUGCUGCUUUUCGGAAAUUUUGAAUUAAGUCAAGAAUCAUUUGGACCAAUACUGCUUUACAAUACUGUUAGAUUUUAUUCUUUUGUUGUAUAUUAAAAGUUAUUUUUUUAUAAAUUUAUAUUUUUGUAUAUUUAUAAAAGUUUUAAUAUUGUCUUUCAUAUGUAGGACGAUAAUAGAAUUAAUGUAUAUUGGCCUUUAUUGUAUAAACCUUACUACACUAUUGCUAAAGUUAGAAACCGCGGUUUUGAACGGUGUAUUUUCUCACUUUCUCGCCAAAAAGUUUUGAUUUUCAUUUAUUUGCCAAUUAAGUGUGGAAUGAUGGUCUUAAAAUGAUUACAACUGAUAGUUUGGUUUGCCAACUUUUUGGCAAGUUUUUGAGGGACUUUUUGGGAAGAAACUGGCAAACAACUAGGCGCAAACUGCAAGUCGCCGGUCGGGAGUGCGACUGUGGGGACCGAGAGUGCCAUACUAAUAAGAUAAGUUAUAGAUAUAUUUUGCUAUCUCUAUAGUUAAUAUUAUUGUUAUUAGUCUUAAGAAUAAUUGAUUAUAUGUAGUGUUAACCGA